CUUUGCCUCCCCCUCUUCUCCGCAGCGGAGCUUGCUCCAGACCCUGGCGUUGUGUACCUCUUUCGUUUUUCCAACCACGGAAAUCGGUGAACCGAUCGGUGCGCUUUGAUUUUUGGUAUGGGGAUAGGUUGCGUUUAUCUGUAGUUUUGCCGCAGAUCUAGCAUACGUGAACCAGGAAACCACAGACAACUUAGACAAAAGAAACCUCGCGGUGUGAAUCUAGAUACGCGGACCCGUAUUCUUUCUGCUACUGUCGUUUGUCUUCGAACCAAACCGACCCUUCCUCGCGCAAUAAUUUCCUCCUGUUUGGAGAGGAAGGGUGUUAGCUUUUAAAGUGAAAUCUCACCAGUUCGUAUACUUUGUGGUUCGUAACGUGUUGCUCUAGCUUAUCACCCACUUUAUCAAAUUACUGAUAUCUAAAACAAAAGGACAAUCUGUAAAGUGCUGCGGUCAAUAGCGUCUCUGUGCAAUGCCCCAGUUGUUAAAUUGGAGCCCAGAUGGGGAAUAAACAAAACCGUAAUCUAUAGCACGUACUUUUAAGGAAGCAGAUCGCACGUUUAUUUAAAAUAACGCAUAGGGCAGAUUCUUCUCACGGAUUUCUCAUCUCAAAAGUACGAUAUAGCCACAGUUUCUUUGUCCCUUCUGUUUUAAACUGUAAGCCACAACGAAAAACCCUUAGCACUAGCUUUGACUGAAGCGGAAGAGGACUGUUUCGAGACGGGAUUCUGGAUUUACCCGCUGGUGGAGACAGACUGUGCGUGCGUUAGUGAGCAGAGCAGAGUAGAGGAGCGCUCACUGAGACCACCUCCCGCCGGCUUGCUGCCAUGCACCUAACCGUCUGACUGUCUCGGCAUCCGGUUUUGGGGAACAGAAGUGAUCAACCGAUCCCGUCUCUACUGUUUCAGUAGUAAUAUGCACACCCGGGUCUAGAAGCUUGUCCACGGAUGUUCAUUUACCACACCAGGCAAGCAGAAAGACCACCACACACUACCACUACAAUAGCCACAAUUCCUGUCUGCACAAAGUGAGGACUUAGCUGUUGAAGCGCUUCCAGGACUUGGAUGUUUAAGUAGUAUUUCCGGGCUACAAGUCAGUUGUUAGUUUCCAGCUGGGAUCUUCAAGGCACCAAGAGACCGUCAGUGGAAGAGAGAAACAACCAGAAAACGACAUGGCCAACAACACCGCGGAUCACCCACCGGGGAACUCUGUUGCCGAUGGCAACCAGGAGGGUGACUUUGGCAUCACGGUGAUGGACCUCCGGGACCUGAUGGAGCUACGGAGCUCAGAGGCUGUCGCCAAGAUAACCAACACGUACGGAGACGUGCAGGGGCUCUGCCGCAGACUGAAGACAUCCCCUAUUGAGGGCCUGUCUGGUAACCCAGUGGAUUUGGAGAAGCGUCAUGCAGCGUUUGGGAAGAACUUCAUCCCUCCCAAGCAGCCGAAGUCCUUCCUGGCACUGGUUUGGGAGGCUCUGCAGGAUGUUACACUCAUCAUCCUGGAGAUUGCUGCCAUCAUCUCCCUGGGCCUGUCCUUCUAUCACCCCCCUGGGGGGGAUAGCGACAUGUGCGGUGAAACCGCAUCGGGGGUGGAGGACGAGGGCGAGGCGCAGGCGGGCUGGAUAGAGGGGGCGGCCAUCUUGUUUUCCGUGGCAAUCGUUGUCUUGGUGACGGCGUUCAAUGACUGGAGCAAAGAGAAGCAGUUCCGUGGGCUGCAGAGCCGCAUCGAGCAGGAGCAGAAGUUCACAGUCAUCCGCAAGGGCCAGGUCAUCCAGAUACCGGUCGCUGAACUGGUGACGGGAGACAUCGCCCAGAUCAAAUACGGUGACUUGCUGCCAGCGGAUGGUAUCCUGAUCCAGGGCAAUGACCUGAAAAUCGACGAAAGCUCUCUGACUGGUGAAUCUGAUCAAGUCAGGAAGUCGCUGGAGAAGGACCCUAUGCUGCUGUCCGGCACCCAUGUCAUGGAAGGUUCGGGCAGAAUGGUAGUUUCUGCGGUGGGUCUGAACUCCCAGACAGGAAUCAUUUUCACUCUGCUGGGGGCGGGAGACAAUGAAGAGGAGAAGAAGGUCAAGAAAGGUAAAAAACAAGGACCCACCGAAAAUCGCAACAAAGCUAAGACCCAGGAUGGCAUUGCCCUGGAGAUCCAGCCGCUGAAGAGUGAGGAGGCGGUAGAGUCUGAGGAGAAGGAGCCAGAGGUGGAGGUGAAACAGGUCAAGAAGGUCCAAGGCACCAAGAAGGAGAAGUCCGUUCUGCAGGGCAAACUCACAAAACUAGCUGUGCAGAUUGGCAAGGCAGGUCUGAUCAUGUCGGCGGUGACUGUGAUCAUUCUUAUUCUGUACUUCGUGAUCGACACAUUCGGGGUACAGGGUCGCCCCUGGCUGAAGGAGUGCACACCCAUCUACAUCCAGUACUUUGUCAAGUUCUUCAUUAUCGGAGUCACUGUUCUGGUUGUGGCCGUCCCGGAGGGACUGCCGCUGGCCGUCACCAUCUCCCUGGCCUACUCCGUCAAGAAAAUGAUGAAAGACAACAACCUGGUCCGCCACCUGGACGCCUGUGAGACAAUGGGCAACGCCACGGCCAUCUGCUCGGACAAGACUGGAACGCUCACCAUGAAUCGCAUGACAGUGGUCCAGGCCUACAUGGGAGACACGCACUACAAGACUGUGCCAGAUCCUGACGUCAUCAAACCCUCCACGCUGGAGGUCCUGGUCAACAGCAUCGCCAUCAACUCCGCCUACACCACCAAAAUCCUGUCCCCAGAGAAGGAGGGAGGUCUGCCCCGCCACGUCGGCAACAAGACCGAGUGCUCCCUAUUGGGCUUUGUUUUGGAGCUGAAGAGGGAUUACCAGCCAAUCAGGGAUGAGAUUCCUGAGGAGAAUCUUUACAAGGUUUACACCUUCAACUCGUCUCGUAAGAGCAUGAGCACCGUGCUGAAGAACGCAGACGGCAGCGGCUUCCGGAUGUACAGCAAGGGAGCCUCCGAGAUCGUCCUGCGCAAAUGUUCCCAUAUUCUGGACAAGAACGGAGACCCACGUAUCUUCAAGCCGAAGGACCGUGAUGACAUGGUGAACAAGGUGAUCGAGCCCAUGGCGUCUGACGGCCUGAGGACCAUCUGCGUGGCGUACAGGGACUUCCCCUCUGAGGCCGGAGAGCCAGACUGGGACAGCGAGUCCGAAAUCCUCAAUGAUCUCACCUGCAUCUGUGUGGUUGGCAUCGAGGACCCAGUGAGACCUGAGGUACCCGAUGCCAUCCUGAAGUGCCAGAGGGCCGGCAUCACUGUGCGCAUGGUUACCGGGGACAACAUCAACACUGCCCGCGCCAUAGCAACUAAAUGUGGCAUCCUGUUGCCGGGGGAGGAUUUCCUUUGUCUGGAGGGCAAAGAGUUCAACCAGUUGAUUCGUAACGACCAGGGAGAGGUGGAGCAAGAGCGCCUGGAUAAGGUGUGGCCCAAGCUGCGUGUGUUGGCCCGCUCUUCCCCGACUGACAAACACACUCUGGUCAAAGGUAUUAUUGACAGCACGGUCCUCGAAACGCGACAGGUGGUAGCUGUGACAGGCGACGGGACUAACGAUGGCCCCGCCCUCAAGAAGGCUGAUGUCGGAUUCGCUAUGGGUAUCGCCGGUACGGAUGUGGCAAAGGAAGCAUCCGACAUCAUCCUGACUGACGACAACUUCACCAGCAUUGUCAAGGCCGUGAUGUGGGGCCGCAAUGUCUACGACAGCAUCUCCAAGUUCCUCCAGUUCCAGCUGACUGUCAACGUGGUGGCUGUCAUCGUGGCAUUCACUGGCGCCUGCAUCACACAGGACUCUCCUCUGAAAGCAGUGCAGAUGUUAUGGGUCAACCUGAUCAUGGACACUCUGGCCUCCCUGGCUCUGGCCACAGAGCCCCCCACCGAGUCCCUGUUGCUAAGGAAGCCGUAUGGCCGCAACAAGCCCUUGAUCUCCCGUACCAUGAUGAAGAACAUUCUGGGCCACGCCGUGUACCAGCUUACCAUCAUCUUCACCCUGCUGUUUGCCGGAGAAAAGUUCUUUAACAUCGACAGUGGCCGGAACGCGCCCCUCCAUGCUCCUCCCUCCGAGCACUACACCAUAGUGUUCAAUGUCUUCGUUAUGAUGCAGCUGUUCAACGAGAUCAACGCCAGGAAGAUUCAUGGAGAAAGGAACGUCUUUGAGGCCAUCUACCGGAACCCUAUCUUCUGUAGUGUAGUCCUGGGAACCUUCAUCCUGCAGAUCAUUAUCGUUCAGUUGGGAGGGAAGCCCUUCUCUUGCACAGCCCUGACUAUCGACCAGUGGCUCUGGUGUGUCUUCAUUGGAGUGGGGGAGCUGCUCUGGGGACAGCUGAUCUCCGCCAUCCCCACCCACCACCUGAAGUUCCUGAAGGAGGCUGGCCACGGCACCCAUAAGGAGGAUGUCCCCGAACAUGAAAUGAACGAAGGGGACGACGAGAUCGACCACGCUGAGAUGGAGCUCCGCAGGGGACAGGUCCUCUGGUUCAGGGGACUCAACCGUAUUCAGACACAGAUGGACGUGGUGUAUACGUUCCAGACGGGGCAGGCUCCGGUGCCCGGGGCGUUGAGACGUCAGCCCUCCGUCGUCAGCCAGCACAACGACAUUAAGGUGGUCAAUGCGUUCCGUAGCUCCCUUUACCCGGGGCUAGAGAACCCAGAAUCCAAAAAUUCUAUCCAUAACUUCAUGGCCCAUCCUGAGUUUGUCCCCUUGUCUGAGGAGGAAGCGCGCGUUCCUGACAUUGAGGAGACCAGCAGCGAUGAGGUGGAGGUCCAGCCCAUCCCCAGCUCAUCUUCUGGGGGGGCAGAAGCUCCAGAUGUCAGCCACAAGACCUCCUGCUGAUCACCUCCACCUCUCUCCUCUCCUCCGCUCUGAUCUGUCCAACCUGUUUGGCUGCUCUCAGCACUUCCUCCUCCAUCACCAGGAGGAGCAGCAGCCCCACAGGCCCUGAAACUCAUCCCACAGAGGAUACACCCAGAGCGGGCAAGAGGUCCUGGCGCUUUCACCUCCACCUACUGAACCUUACCCCCACCUCUCACCUGCCCAAUCCCCACCCACCCUACCUUGCCAUUCCCAUCGGCUUGCACUGACUGUGGCGCAUGUGCCCUUUAAGUGUGACAGCAGAGUGACAUGCAGAGCAGCCAAUCACACUGCGUCCCUAACCCAUGGGUGGGAGGGGCCCGGUGGAAGGCCGUAGCCUGUCCUUCUGUCCAUCUUUGGGGUUUUUGUAAAUGUUUUUUCUUUCGUCCCGUAAACCUUUUCGUUGUUUUGUUUCAUUUGAACCCCAGAAUAGCCCGGAAGAGAACGGCAACAUGUUUAUCCUGCUAUAUCUGCUUCUGAUCCCCUGCAUACACUAACUGACACAGAACUCUAAAAGUACAUCCAUGUGUAAAUUAAUGUAUGUGUACAUAGAAUGUAUAUGCUUUAUAACACAGCUCCAAGCUGAUUGGGUGAUCAGAUGUAAAUGGGCCAUGGGAUUUAAGAGCUUUCAGCUACUAAGUUUCCCCUCUCCAUUUCUCAAUCUGUUUUAACUGUACAGUGUGCAUUUGAUCUGAUUCAUAGCAAGCUGUCAUUAGUGGGUUUUUCAGUGAAAUCCAGGAACCCACGUCUUGAUUCUGAUUCACUGCAGCUUUUCAAUGACAAACAUUGACAAUGGUCGUAACAUCUCUCGCUUUGGUUUGGUUCUUCUGGGUCCAUUUGACACGAUUAUAUGAGAUUAUAUCCAGUUCAUAUAUGGAAGGACAGGGCAAGUGCUAGGCUAUUGUGACAGUGACAGUGAAACCGCAGUCAGCCCAUUCAUAGUAAAGCUAGCAGCUGGCUAGAGGUUGCCUCUUUGUGGAUUGAGGUCACAUCAAGACUCACAUCAAGACUGUGUGGAAAAGGGGGAGGGCCAUCUCAUCUGAAUCUUAUCCAAUCAGGGUUCUGGUUUUCCCUAGCCCCUUGAGAGUUGACAGCUUAUGAAACUGCCUCAAUAUGGAGUAAGCUUAAGAUUGUCUGAGUAAAGUGAAUUAUAUUUAUUUUUUCAAAGAACAGUUCACCCCCCCCCCCCCCCCCCCCCCCCUCGUACGCAUGAUGUGUUUGAUGUAUGUUUCGUCCCUGUGUAGAACGGACACUUAAAGAUGUGGCGGGGAUGACAGAUAUUUGUUCAAAGUUAUUUGGCACUAUUUUAUCUUUUUUUUUUUUCUUCAAAGCACAAAAAAAACUCCACACGUAUCCAUUCCAGUGUGUUCCGUAAGUACACAAUGCCCCCCUCCCCCCCCAUGUGUUCCGCCGUUGACGAAGGGGCGUCGGCCUCAUUCCUGGUAACUCCCAUUGUGUGUCUGUCUUUACCGAGUGUCACUGGGUCGGCUACGGAGUGACACAGGGGACUAUUGAUCUGUCCUACCGUGCCGCCGGGGGAAACGACCAUCAGCAGCCCGGAUCUGAAUCCAAUAUCCCCUCUCCGCUCAGCACCGGCCGUCCCCCCCGCUAGCAUAGGGACACAUCUCCACAUGCCGUCUGGGGUCAACUAGCCACCCAGACAACUGCAGAGAGUGGAGGAAUACGCUCACAAGGGGGGAAAAAAAUACUCAACCAGAGAUGUGAAUGAGAGCUUGUGUGGGUGUGUGUGUGUGGUGAAGUUCAUAAUGGUAGAGAGAGUGUAAACCUGGUCUUACCCCCUGGCCCGUCCCCCACCAUCAACUCUGUUACAAGAGAGUGGGAUGCCCUAGACAGGACAUGUGCCAUUGAUUACCAGUAAUGUGCAACUGCCAUAUUUUCAACUUUACAUUCAUAUCUAGGUUACUUACUUCGAUAGAACCCUCUGAAGAUAACGCCUUUUCUACUUACUCAGAGCCAUAUUUUAUAGGUUGUUGUUGUUGUUUUGUAUUCCAUCGUUACCGAGGUUUCCUUUCUAUUCCCCCGACCAAAAAAACACAAAAAAAACAAAGACAAAAUGUGUCACUGCCGAUAUAUAAGUCAUGGACCACAAUGAUGUUUACAGAACAUAUGACAGUAUGAUGCAGUUAGCCUGCUCACGCUACACUGCCCUCUACUGGUUAGGCAGUAUGAUGCAGUUAGCCUGCUCACGCUACACUGCCCUCUACUGGUUAGGCAGUAUGAUGCAGUUAGCCUGCUCACGCUACACUGCACUCUACUGGUUAGACAGUAUGAUGCAGUUAGCCUGCUCAUGCUACGCUGCCCUCUACUGGUUAGUCUUCUUUCAUUUGCUUUUGUGAGUCUUAGUACAUAAUUAUGGGGACGUUUCUUGCAUGAUUUUCAUAUAAACGCAAUGUUUUGUUGCUUUUUUUUUUUUUUACAAUUCUUCUGUAUUUUUAUAUUUAGUACUUUUUAAUAUUUUGGAAAUAUAGAAAUAUAUAUGUAUAGGCUGAAGAGCUUUAGUGGCAGUAUAGUCCAUGAAUGAGAUGACUCAACAGUGGAGUGUUUUUGCAGUUCUAUAUACUGUAUAUUUAUGCUACAUUUGUAGUUUCAACAUUGUAUUGGUGGCAUACACAUUACAGCAGAUGCUGUCAAGGGUAAAGUACUUGUGUAUCGGCUCUCAAACCAUGCAGUCGUUAAAUAAAGUUAUUGAAGUUGUGUCCAAACAAGUACAAAUAACAGAUGUACAAAUACACCUAAACACAAAGCCAAGCAACCGGGAACAUAAAUGGAACCUGACCAGUGCUCACAUCUCAUGAGAAGACUGGUGUUUGUGAGCCAGACUAAAUCUGUGUCCAUAGUGAGGUGCCUACAUGAGCUGGAGGAUGAAUUUGCAGGGCAGGUGUAACCAUGGGUAACAGACCGGUUUAGUCACUGUAGGCCGUGCGCUUGACCGACGCUUCGAGCGAUCCCGUCUUAACGCCCUUCCCCCUUAACCAUGAACAGUCUUAAAGAGAAAGUGGAUUCAAUUCUGCCGUUUCUCUGCAAUCAAACGGGGUCCAAUAAAAGUGAAAUGGAACAUUGAAGAAAUGCUAAAUUAAUUGGGAGUAUAUAUGAUUUCUCUCUAUAUAUAAAUACAUUUGCUAUGUUGUUUCCAUUCUUUCUGACUUGACUGCGAGUUAACUUAUUAUUUUGAGAGGAUUGGUGCUCUUAGCCAAUGUUAGUUGACAUGUUGAAGAGUGCAUGAAUUUCGAUGCCAUCCAAAUCAAACGUUAACCUUUUUUAUUCCAAUGGCGUAGGAAACUGUUUAUGGGAAGAGUAACUGUUAAACUGGUAAUGACAUCACUUCCUCUUCCUGUUUGUCCAUGAACAGAAAUGAGAUGCCUUUGCUGUGGUGUCGGUUUGUGUCACUUUGGGGACAAAUAUUCAAUGGUAAUUAUUAAAUGUUUUGCCAUAAUCUGUUUGGAAGACUUUGCAUCAACAUUCAGUAUGCUGUGUAAAUAUUGUCAUAGGAUGACUCUGAACAUAACUUUUAACUGUAGGUAAUAAAAAGGGGGCAAUCAGUCCGUGAUCACCCAGCAUAGCUUUAAGAAUGUCCUGCCAAAGUCUUGUUUUCUACAAUCUUAGCUUUUUUUUUUUUUUUUUUUUUUACCUUCAAUUACUUUUUACACAGAUUGUUGUAAUGAUUGUCUGGUAGAAAUGUUUUUCCCUAUUUUCCAUUUCACCAAAAUAGCAAAUGUUGUUGCAUGUUAAUUGGGACAGAGAAUGCAAAGAGCUUAAGGAAUUGCUGAGGUUGUCCGUGUUCUGUUGCCUUGGCCUGGGUUGAGCUGUUGGGAUCAGGAAGUGAACUGGUUGGCCUCCCACUGCUACAGGUUAACAGAUUCCACACCCACUAGGAACACAAUCUUGUUUGUUUGUGUUGUUUUCUUGUUAACCUUGGCACAACUGUCAAAUAGAAGCAGGUCCGUAGGUCUGAGGUGGAUGGAGAUCUGAGACACCGACAGUCAGUCCAGAUAACUUUGAUUUCUCUUUUGGACAUGCCCCCUUAUUGGAAAGAUCUCAGUUAUGACUCAUGUAUGACAAAAUGAACAUGCUAAAGCGUUGUGCAAUAACUGUUGUAAUUGACUGCAUUGCUUCUCUAAAGCAUCGUCUUUCUUAGAUAGGCUUUCUUUUCUUUGGGUUUGGGGGAUUUCUUUGGGGACGCUUCUCUGCGGUUGUAAAUAAAAAAGGUUUGAAAACUGGAAUAUCA